AUGGGCUUUCUGGAGAACUACCAGGAGAUCGACCCGGUCACCCUCAACCUGUGCAUCCUGAUCGCCAGCUACGUCAUCCUGCUCUUGGUUUUCCUCAUCUCCUGUAUCAUGUACGACUGCCGUGGCAAGGACCCCACCAAGGAGUACGCGCCCGACCCGCAGCCCACUCAGUCGCCCAUCCGCCUGGUGGUCAUGCAGAGCUCCCCGGCUCCGGUGGCGCGCUGGGACGCGGCCAACAUGAUCACCACCUACCACGAGCCCUCGCACACAGACUUUCGGCAGAAGAAGAGCACCAUGGUUUGA